AUGAGGAGCAUCGAGCGCUUGCCUAAGGCCGUUCACAACUCUGUGCGCUCAGGGCUUGUAAUGUGUGAUUUUACAAGGGUUGUUGAGGAGUUGGUUUAUAACAGCCUCGAUGCAGGUGCUACUAAGGUUUCUGUGGCAGUUGGGGUGGGUAAAUACUAUGUCAAAGUGGAUGACAAUGGGUCUGGUAUUACACGGGAUGGAUUGUUGCUCCUGGGGGAACGAUACAUAACAUCAAAAAUGAAUGUGCCCCUGAUGGAUGCUGGUCACGAGAACCUAGACUUUCAUGGAGAAGCUCUGUGCUCAAUUUCUGACAUUUCUUUGUUAGAUAUUGUAACAAAAGCACGUGGAAAGCCAAAUGGAUAUAGAAAGAUUAUGAAGAAUUCAAAGUGUGUGUAUCUUGGGAUACAUGAUGAUAGACAGGAGGUGGGCACUACCGUCACUGUUCGUGAUAUGUUUUACAAUCAACCAGUGCGAAGGAAGCAUAUUGAAUCCAGCCCAAAGAAGGUGUUGGAUUCAAUCAAAUUGAGCAUGCUGAGAAUUGCCCUUGUUCAUGUCAAUGUUUCCUUCAAAGUUAUUGAUGUGGAAAGUGCCUUGGAUCUGCUUCAUACAAGAACUUCAUCUUCUCCACUAUCAAUUCUUUCUAGUUAUUUUGGGAUUGAGUAUUCAGCUACGUUAUACAAACUCAAUAUAUCUGAUGAUGAACUGAAGCUUACUGGGUAUAUUUCUGAUCCCCAUGAGGUGUUACUGCCAAAGGCAAUCCAGUAUGUCUGUAUCCAUAACAUCGACAUCAACUCAAGGUUUGUGUCCAAGGGACCAAUCCACACAUUAGUGAAUCAGUUGGCUGCAAAAUUUGAUUUGUUGAAUGCGUGUCAGACAACUGUUAACUCCUACAACGAGAAGCAAAAUAAGUAUAAGAUGUGCCCAAUGUUCAUUCUGAAUCUACAUUGCCCGAGAUCUUACUAUGAUAUAAUCACUCCUGGACGGACUUCAGUGGAAUUCAAGGAUUGGGAUCCUGUACUUACUUUGAUUGGGAACGGUGUCCUGCGUCUUUGGAAUGAAUACAUAUCUCCUGAUAAAGAUGCGUCUGAUACGUUUGGACGUGGAAAGAAGAGGUGCUGGAAGCAUAAGUUUAAAGCUCCUUUGUUUUUAGACUCCCCGCAGGCAAAGAAGAUCUGCAACGACUAUGAUGACAUGCUGGAUUUUGACGGGUGUGUAUAUUCAAAUGGUAAGCCUCCUAGAAAAGUUUCUGAGCUAAUUAAGAACCAGAAAGAGAUAGGUUCUCUAUGUGAAGUGGGCUACCAUAGUCGAUCACAUGGUGGAUCUCUAGUUGGUUAUGGGGUAACAGGUCGAUUACACAGUGGAUCUGUAACUGGUUACGAGACAACAACCCGUAAUGAGAUCCGUGAUGAUCCAUCACCUUGCAUUGUUUACUCUAGGUCAUAUGCAAAAUAUACAUUUGGUGAAGAUGAGGAUAGGUUAUCAUUAGAUUUGGAGAAUUCCUUGCCAGAAUUGAAUGCUGAAACAGAUAACAUACCAACGGCGACUGUGGCUGCUUCUGAUGAUCUUCAAUUUAGUGAUGGCACCAAUCUUCACCAGGAGCCAAGUAGAAAAUUUCUCAGAAGUUGCUCAUCUGGAAGAAAGUUGAAGUUCGAUAGAAAUUCACCUGUUAUGGAUGAAAGAUUUCAACUUCGAGGAGAUGACAAUAGAAUUGAAAAAUCCUGGAAUGACUGUGACGAUAGUAUGGAUGAUAAAAUUGGGGCCAAUGUGUUUGGAAUGGAUCGACAUCACGAGGAAGCAUCAGUAUUUCAAUAUGCUUCAAGGGCUCAAUUUGACAUGCAUGAAAGAGUAGAGUUUCGCACAUCAGACUCAGACAUGUCAUCUUCAGUAUUUGCAAAAAUUUCACCGAAUUCUUUUUCACUAGUCCCCAAUUGUAGUCCUAAUUGGCAGUGUUUCAGGUCUGGAUGGUCUCCUUUUACAGCUGAGGAUAAUAUUGGGAUCAGGUUUAAUGAUAAUGAUGAGUCUACUUAUGACGGUUUGAAUGAAGGCUGCCCUGAAUUAUAUUGCACUCAGGGAGAAGGUGAAGAUUUCAAUUAUAACAAUUCAAUUUCAAGAUUCCCUCGGUCUCAGCUGAACUGCUCCUUUGUAGACAUGUCCCCUGAUAGAAAGAGUGAAAAUAAUGAGUUUCAUUGGGGAAAUUUCGAUUAUAUGUUCUCUCCAAAGUCUUUCAAAAAUUUCCGUAAAAGAGAUUGGUCACUGUUAUCUCCCUGUGGUCAACAAAGUCCCAGAAAUCACCUAGUGCCAUCAUCAUAUAACCCAUCACCAAUGGUAAAUGAACGUGAAAAACCAAAUCUUGGGAAUCAAAAGACGCACUCUAAUGGCAGGAAAAUAUUCAUUAGAAGCCACUCAGCCCCACCAUGUCACAAAAGGAAGAAGAGAUAUAUUGAUUUGACUUGUACUUCCUCCAUGUUGUCCACAAAGAGCAAUUUCCAGAACAUCCCUAGAACACUUGAGUCGACAACGUUUCUCCAGGAUCUUAGGGACUCUUGUCGAGAACUCCAUUCCGAAGCUGAGAAUUUGAAAAUUUCUCAAAUUCCAUUUGACCAAUAUUACGCGUCUCUAAUGGAAAGGCCAUCCAAAGAUCUCCCAAUUGAUGAAAGAAAAAUUCUGAAAAUGGCACCUGAAGUCGUUGAAAAUGGUGGACCACAAAAUAUGGGGUUGUCUGUCAGAGUGGGGUCUGUGGAAUGUCUUGAUACGAUUGAAAUUCCGGAUUCCCAGAAGGCUCUGUGCAAAUGGCGAAAUCAAUUUUUACCAUAUGCAGGCGGUAGCAGAUCAGAUGAUACAAAUGACGAAGACAAUAUCCUUGACAUCACCUCAGACACCAUGCAUCUUUCUGGUGAUACCUUGAUUCCUAAGUCCAUUGACAGGACGUUACUUGAGGAUGCAAAAGUUCUCAAUCAGGUUGACAAGAAAUUCAUAGCAAUUGUGGCCGGAAAGAACCUUGCUAUAAUCGACCAGCAUGCUGCUGAUGAAAGAAUUAGAUUGGAAGCUUUGCGUCUCAAGGUGUUGUCGGGUGAAAUGAAGACAAUCACGUAUCUGGAUGCUGAGCAGCAAAUGGCUUUGCCUGAAUUUGGCUAUCAGUUACUGCAAAAUUAUGCUGCCCAGAUUCAGGCUUGGGGUUGGAUGUGCAAUAUUCAUUCCCAGGAUGCAAGUUCCUUCUCAAAACAUUUGGAUUUUCUACACAAGCAGCAAACUGUAGUAAAACUUCUUGCGGUACCUCGAAUUCUGGAUGUUGAUUUAACUGAUGCCGAUCUCCUAGAAUUUCUCCAACAGCUUGUUGAUACAGAUGGAUCAUCAACCAUGCCUCCAUCUGUUCAUCGUGUCCUUAAUAACAAAGCAUGCAGGGGGGCGAUUAUGUUUGGUGACUCAUUGCUGCCGUCAGAAUGUUCUCUCCUUGUUGAUGAGCUGAAACGGACUUCACUUUGUUUCCAGUGUGCUCACGGGCGACCGACAACCGUUCCUCUUGUCAACCUUGAUCUCUUACAUGAUAGGAUUGCCAAUCUUUGUUCAGCUCAGUCGUGGCAUGGAUUAAGCCGGCAUAAACCCAGUUUAGAGCGUAUUGCACAGCGUCUAAGUCGUUGUACCUUCUACGCAUCUUCCCCGAGGCAUUCCAUUGCCGACACCGUCGUCUGCGCUGCAAUUAUACUUUGUAACUCCGAAUGCUUCACCGCGGCCGGCCCCAUCCCCUCGAAGCAAGACAAUUCCACCAGAGACACCGCCGCCAUUUCUAAUCUCCAUUGUGGAGGCGAACGACGAACGUUGACGGAGCUCGGGUUGUGA